GGCGGCGGCAGCCGGGAGAAGGCGCAGUGGCCGCGGCUCCGAAGGCCCGCGGGCUGGUGGGGAGGUGACUUGAGCGCAGGCGGCUCCCGGAGGCUCUCUUCCCUCACGGAGGGCGCCGGGCGGGCCUCACCUCUGGCUCCCUCAGCAUGCGCGGGCUCCCGGGGGGCGGCUGCGGGCGCGGGGCCUAGGGAUGAUCUUCACGGUCGCCCGCUGCGCGCUCCGGUGGCUGCCACGGCCUGGCGGCCGUACCUUGUCCCGCGCCGCCAUGGAGGUGGCCUUUCGAGGCGUGCGGAAAGUCCUCUGUGUGGCCGAGAAGAACGACGCGGCCAAGGGGAUCGCGGACCUGCUGUCCAACGGUCGUCUGAGGCGGAGAGAAGGACUUUCUAAAUUCAACAAGAUCUAUGAAUUUGACUAUCAUCUGUAUGGCCAGAAUGUUACCAUGAUAAUGACUUCGGUUUCUGGACAUUUGCUGGCUCAUGAUUUCCAGAUGCAGUUUCGAAAAUGGCAGAGCUGCAACCCCCUUGUCCUCUUUGAAGCAGAAAUCGAAAAGUACUGCCCAGAGAAUUUUGUGGACAUCAAGAAAACUCUGGAACGAGAGACCCGGCAGUGCCAGGCUCUGGUGAUCUGGACUGACUGUGAUAGAGAAGGGGAAAACAUUGGGUUUGAGAUUAUCCAUGUGUGCAGGGCUGUGAAGCCCAGUCUGCAGGUGUUGAGAGCCCGUUUCUCUGAGAUCACAUCGCGUGCCGUCAGGAUGGCCUGUGAAAACCUGGCUGAGCCUGAUCAGAGAGUAAGCGAUGCUGUGGAUGUGCGGCAGGAGCUGGACCUGAGGAUUGGCGCUGCCUUCACUAGGUUCCAGACCUUGCGGCUUCAGAGGAUUUUUCCCGAGGUGCUGGCGGAGCAGCUCAUCAGCUAUGGCAGCUGCCAGUUCCCUACACUGGGGUUUGUGGUGGAGAGGUUUAAAGCCAUUCAGGCUUUUGUGCCAGAAAUUUUCCACAGAAUUAAAGUAACUCAUGACCACAAAGAUGGUACGGUAGAUUUCAACUGGAAAAGGCAUCGUCUCUUUAACCACACGGCUUGUCUUGUCCUCUAUCAGUUGUGUAUGGAGGAUCCCAUGGCAACUGUGAUGGAGGUCAGGUCUAAGCCAAAGAGCAAGUGGAGGCCUCAAGCUUUGGACACUGUGGAGCUUGAAAAGCUGGCUUCUCGCAAGUUAAGAAUAAAUGCUAAAGAAACCAUGAGGAUUGCCGAAAAGCUCUAUACUCAAGGGUACAUCAGCUAUCCCCGAACAGAAACAAACAUUUUCCCCAGAGAUUUAAACCUGACUGUGUUGGUGGAACAGCAAACCCGGGAUCCCCGCUGGGGGGCCUUUGCCCAGAGCAUUCUAGAGCAGGGUGGCCCUACCCCACGCAAUGGGAACAAGACUGACCAAGCUCACCCUCCCAUUCACCCCACCAAAUAUGCCAGCAACUUGCAGGGAGAUGAACAGCGACUGUACGAGUUUAUUGUUCGCCAUUUCCUGGCUUGCUGCUCCCAGGAUGCUCAGGGGCAGGAGACCACAGUGGAGAUUGACAUUGCUCAGGAACGCUUCGUGGCCCAUGGCCUCAUGAUUCUGGCACGAAACUAUCUGGACGUGUAUCCAUAUGAUCACUGGAGUGACAAGAUCCUCCCCGUCUAUGAGCAAGGUUCCUGCUUCCAGCCGAGCACUGUGGAGAUGGUGGACGGGGAGACCAGUCCGCCCCAACUGCUCACUGAGGCUGACCUCAUUGCCCUCAUGGAGAAGCACGGCAUUGGUACUGAUGCCACUCACGCGGAGCACAUUGAGACCAUCAAAUCCCGGAUGUACGUUGGGCUCACCCCAGACAAGCGGUUCCUCCCGGGGCACCUGGGCAUGGGACUUGUGGAAGGUUAUGAUUCCAUGGGCUAUGAGAUGUCCAAGCCUGACCUCCGGGCUGAGCUGGAAGCUGAUCUGAAGCUGAUCUGUGAGGGCAAGAAGGACAAGUUUGUGGUGCUAAGGCAGCAAGUGCAGAAAUACAAGCAGGUUUUCAUUGAAGCACUGGCUAAAGCAAAGAAAUUGGACGAGGCCUUGUCACAGUAUUUCGGGGAAGGGGCAGAAGUAGGCCAGCAAGAAGAGAUCUACCCAACCAUGCCAGAGCCCAUCAAGAAGUGCCCACAGUGCAACAAGGACAUGGUCCUCAAGACCAAGAAGAGUGGCGGGUUCUACCUCAGCUGCAUGGGUUUCCCAGAAUGUCGAUCGGCCAUGUGGUUUCCCGACUCAGUGCUGGAGGCCAGCAGGGAUGAGAGUGUGUGUCCGUUGUGUCAUCCGCAGCCUGUGUACAGGUUGAAGUUAAAGUUUAAGCGUGGUAGCCUUCCCCCAGCCAUGCCUCUGGAGUUUGUUGGCUGCAUCGGCGGAUGUGAUGAGACCCUGAGGGAGAUCCUGGACCUGAGAGUUUCUCGGGGUCCCCCUAGAGCUUGUCAGCCUGCCAGCCAGCCCUCUGGCCACCUGCAGGCUAGCCAGUCCUUCAACAGGAUGGACAGCAGCCAUCACAGCCACUCCCUGCAUCCUGACAGCAGACAGACUGGGCCCUCUAAGGCUGUGGCCCGGACCCUCCUACCACCCACUACUGCUGGUGAAAGCAACUCCGUGACCUGCAACUGUGGCCAGGAGGCCGUGCUGCUCACCGUCCGUAAGGAGGGACCCAACCAGGGCCGGCAGUUCUAUAAGUGCAGUGGUGGCAGCUGCAACUUCUUCCUGUGGGCCAACAGCAGCCAUCCCGGAGCGGGAGGGCCUGCCACCUCAGCGUCAAGACCCCCAGGCGGCUCCCAGGGACGCCCACCAGGCUCGGGAGGCCACCUGGGUGGAUUUGGUAGCACUGGUGAUGGUGGUGGUGGUGGCACAUCCUGCCUGUGCAGCCAGCCCACCAUCAUACGGACCGUGCAGAAGGACGGGCCCAACAAGGGCCGCCAGUUCCACACAUGCGCCAAGCCAAGAGAGCAGCAGUGUGGCUUCUUCCAGUGGGUCGAUGAGAACAUGGCCCCAGGGACAUUUGGAGCCCCACCCUGGCCAGGAGGCAGAGGAAAAAUCCAGGGGGCAGAGGCCAGAAGCAAAAGACCCCGAGCCAGUUCCUCAGACAUGGGGUCCACAGCAAAGAAACCCCGGAAAUGCAGCCUUUGCCACCAGCCUGGACACACCCGUCCCUUCUGUCCUCAGAACAGAUGAGAAUGGGGAGGGUAGAGAUGGCCACUUUCUCAUACCUGGAAAUGAAUGAACUAGGACCUGGUGGCCAUUUGCUGUCCUGGAAACUUGGAGGAAAGUGUUGGCUGUUGGAGUCAGGCCUUCCUGUGUUAAACAGCAGAAGGCCAGCUCUGCUGGACAGUGGCCCUGUGCCCUAUAAGGAUGGUUGCUGUUAGCAAUGAGCAGAUUUAACAGGCGUUGGCAUGGUCCCCAGCCGUAGCCUACAGUGUUGCAAACCAAGAAGCAACCAGAGCUUCCUUCACCACCAGAAAGCCCCUGGGCGUGGAGCUGGCACUGGCACUGGGCAGCCUGGAUGGGGCUUCACUCCACCGCCAUUCUGAGAAGGAGGAUGUCACGCAAAGAAGUGGCUCUUGUUUUAACACUAUCUGCAGAAGCAUCUCCAUUCUCUCUUCAGCUAGAACCCAGGACACCCAUAGCUCAUGUGCCUUAAUAAAGAAUUCAACCCCUUUUAUUCUGAUGAGUGAUAGUGAGGUGUCUGGGGGACGUUUGCAGGAGCAGGGGGCACAGGUGCCAGCCAGUGCAAGAGGGAGCUCUCGGGGCGCUCUCACUGUCCAUGGCCCCUUGCAGUCCCCUUCCCAGCCCCAGUCCUUCGUUCCUGUCCACGUGGUGAGCACUGUGCCAAACUUCUACCCACCCCACAGCAUGUCCCUCGGAGCAGAGAAGAUGCCUGAUGCAAGACUCAGAACACUAACUUUGCACCUCCUGGACUUCCCAGAUGUGGCCACAUUCCUUGUUUGCCUUCACAAACACUUGUGAAUAGUGUACAGCUGUGCUGGCUUCAUUUUAUAGUUUAGAAAAUAAAUGGAACUGGGGUGUGGAUUGCCCAGUUA